UAUAUCAUUUCACGAAUUGAUCAUUGAUAUCAUAAAACCUAGACAUUAAAGAUAAUUGACUUUGAUUUUAUAUUUUAUUUUCCCUCCGUAAUUUUUUCAACUUUUUUUGUUUUUUGUGUGUAUCUUAAAAAAUAUUUGACAAGAUAUAUAGAUUUCCUUGUGGUAUGGCUGUCUGAUCUAUGGUACAUCACAGGUUUCUUCAAAUGGAAAAAUAAUUGCCUAUUUCCCCUUUUCACGUCAGGCAUCCCAUUGGGACACAGAAUCGCAUCAGAAAUUGAAUGAAUCCAAAUCAUUAAUUGAAUGAAUAAUAAAGUUAAGGAUUAUCUGCAGCAUAAAAUUAGGGGGUGAAAACAAGAAAGCGUGUGGAAUUGUUUUAUCACACACGCAAGAUCGCUGGACCAAUGCACGGCUUUAUAUACAUGCUGGAUUACAUUUCCACUCGCUGAAGUCAUCAAGGUAUUUUGUUGAAUGGAAUUUCUUCUAGUGGUUUCUGUCUUUGUCACAAACAAUCGUGGGCGAGCGUUCAUCAUAGUUUCCCACCCAAAUCUGAGAGAAGUUGGUAAGUAUGUGACUGACAAAAAUUUAGCCUGAUGAGUAAUACAAACUUAAAAGACACUUGCAAGAAAAUGCGGCUUGCUAUAUUUCUAGCUCUCGUGGAGUGGAUUUAUAGGCGGUAUUUAAAUAGUUGAAGACUGAUGUGAAUAUAUUUCUCACAUUUCAUUUGAUAAGUAGCUCGACAAUAAUUUGAGAUAGAUAGAUAGAUAGAUAGAUAGAUAGAUAGAUAGAUAGAUAGAUAGAGAGAUAGAGAAGAAAACUGGUUUGGUAUCAAAAUUUCGUUUGGUAUCAGUAUCAGUCAGAGUCAGAGGUUUUCGUUUCAGUCACGGCCCCACCUAAAGUGUCGUCUGUCUCUUUGAGGUCUCAACUGCUGGCCCCCCGAGGGGAAGAAGGCCCCCACCGCAAUAGACCAAGUGAGCAGAUUAAACAUGCUCGGUGCUGAGGGGGAGACGGACUCGUUUUCCUCCAAAGACUCCACGGAAGAGAGGCGCAAGUCUCCGCUCUCGGGAGGCAAAGAGCCGCCCUCUGACAGCCGGUACACGGAGCAUGGCUUCGGCCCCGAACGCGUCUUCAUCGCGCCCAAAGCCACCGCAGACACCGCGACGACGACGCCCUGCUCCUUCGUCCCCUACAGCCCCAGCGGGAGCAUCUACGCCCCGUCCGGCACGGCCAGGUACCCGACAUCCCUUCACCUUGGUUCCGUGGGAUUCUCCCCGAGCACUGGCCCGCGCGGCCACUUCAGCCCGGCCUACCAGAUCGGGCAGAACCCCGGCUGCCUCUACCCGCCGUACAGCGGCUCGGGCCCGGCUCUCAGCAGCGUCGCCAUCUCUGCGAACGGGCCGGCAGCGAGGGCCCACGUCUAUUUGUGCAACCGGCCUCUGUGGCUCAAAUUCCACCGGCACCAGACCGAGAUGAUCAUCACCAAGCAGGGCAGGCGAAUGUUCCCGUUUCUGAGUUUUAACAUAGCAGGUCUAAGUCUGACUGCGCACUACAACGUGUUUGUGGAGGUGGCGCUGGCAGAUCCCAACCAUUGGAGAUUUCAAGGUGGCAAGUGGGUCACAUGUGGCAAGGCUGACAACAGCAGCCAAGGGAACAAAGUGUACAUCCACCCAGAAUCUCCGAACACAGGGGCCCACUGGAUGAGACAAGAAAUCUCCUUCAGCAAACUGAAACUCACUAACAACAAAGGCACAAAUCACAGCAUGUCACAGAUGAUCGUCCUGCAGUCCUUACACAAGUAUCAGCCCAGGCUACACAUUGUGGAAGUGACUGAGGACAGUGUGGAGGACAUCAACACAGAUCCAAAGACUCAGAGCUUCAUCUUUCCAGAGACCCAAUUCAUAGCAGUCACUGCUUACCAGAACACUGAUAUUACACAACUGAAAAUCGACCACAACCCUUUUGCCAAAGGUUUCAGAGAUAAUUAUGAUUCGAUGUACACAGCUCCAGACAAUGAUCGCCUCACCCCUUCCCCAUCCGACUCCCCUCGUGCCCACCAGAUUGUCCCCAGUGCCCGCUACACCAUGCAGCCCAUCUUACAGGACCAGUUUGUCAACAACUUUACCCCAAACCGUUUCUAUAACAGUGAGCGAGCCGUGCCUCAAACCAGCAGCCUCCUCUCGCCUCAGGCAGAAGACGGAGCCUCUCAGCGCUGGUUUGUCACCUCCAUGCAACAUGGGACUGGCAGCAGCACCAGCCACAAGUUGGAUCUGACAUCAUAUGAGGGGGAGUACUCCAACUCCUUGCUCCCUUAUGGUCUCAAAUCACUUUCCAUGCAAACAUCCCAUGGUCUCAAUUACUACCCAGACUCUCCUUUCAACAACAUGCCAACUGGGUGGGGCUCCAGGGCGGCGUAUCAGAGAAAAGUGACUCCAAGUCUGCCUUGGUCACCGAGGCCCAGUCCCACUGCUGGUUUCCCAGACGACUCAGUUAAGGUGAAGCCACAGUUAGAGGAUGAGGUGCACAGUGGAUGCCUGAUAUCUUCCUGGGCAGAGACACAGCCAUCUUCUCUUUCUCUUGACAAGACUGAGUCCUAUACACCCACCUGCAAGCGAAGGCGUUUGUCUAUGAAUGGGCCGAGCACAGAGGACUCAUCUGCCGACAUUAAAUGUGAGGACAUGGUAUCUGUUGCUAAUGGCUCCUACAGCAAGGAAGCGCCUUCAUCCAAAGGAAUGGCAUCUUAUUAUUCAUUUUACACAAGUUAUUGAGCAUAUACUGUAUAUGCUUUUAUGUUACAUGGACACACCCAAUUUAUCUCUGCUGUGAUACAUUUUUUUCUGUGUUUAUUAUAGAAAAUAAAAUAUCAAAGACAUUAUUUAUUCAUUUGGAGACAAGAGUUAUGACAUAAAGAGAUAUCUGUACUUUUCCUGCAUUAUUUUACCACCCCAUAGAGUAAGUGACUUACAACUUCGGGCAAUAGAUUGUUUCUAAGUAUUUUACGCAAGUUCAAUGUAUUUAACAGUGUUCUGUAAGUUUAAUUCUGCAUACGUUACAGACUUUGCCUUGGCAUUGAGGUUUCCUGUUUAAAGAUUAUUUAUUGAAGGCCAGUAUAAAACUAGUGCACUGUCCAAUGUGAUAAAAGUAUGCUGCAUACACUAAAUCUUCAUUGCAAUGUUCAAAUAUUUGCUAUUAAAAAGCAUUUGUCCUCUA